AACAUCCCCACCAUCAUGGCCGAAGAACCGCAACCCUCAACCAUCCAAGAAGGGGUCCCCGAUGCCUCAGCCCCAACCGGCACCGCCGAAGACCGCAAAGCGGCCGCCGCACUGUCAGCCCUCGACGCGCACGAUGACGAGGCCGGGCAGAAGAAGGAUGUGGAUACAAAGGCGUUGGGGGAGGCGAUGAAGGAGUUGAAAGUGGAUGAAGGGAAGGGGAAAACGGAGAUGGCGGAGAAGAAGAAGGCUGUUAAGGUUGAGGCGGCGGAUGUUACAUUGCUGGUCUCUGAGCUGGAGCUUUCGAAAGUGAAGGUCACGGAAUUACUUCGCGCACACGAUGGUGAUGCUGUUAAGGCUAUGAUUGCCUUUGUCAACCGAACUGCUUGAACAAAUCCACAAGAACCCUCAUGCCCUCGGACGCAACACUACCAUGGAAAUAAAGAUGGAGUGUCAGGAUCUAAGGAGAAGGAGAGGCAUGUGGUACCCUGCGAGAUGGCUAAAGAUGCCAUGAUGCAGGAGUUAUAUAUUAUGCAGUGGAUGGGGACAGUGCUGGAUAUUCUGUGAAUGUCUCAAUAAUGUCUGUUCCUGUCCCUAACAUCCUAGAUUCCUGCAGCCCGAGCAUGUCUGUAGGGGCCUUACCACACUGCAGCAAGCUACCUGGAGGCUUUGCUGCAUUCUGAUAUUCAUCCCAAGAUACCCCGAAUUGUAGGUCAGCCAGAG